AUGAGAGAAACUGGAAAAACUAUGUGGAUGACAACUGAAGACGGCUCUGAUGCUGUUGAAGUGCAAACUACUACGACAUCCGGUAACAAGCUGAAUGCGGUGCGAGACCAAGGACACCUGAGUUGGGUCGACGACCUUAGACACGAACACUUUUGGAUGAAUUAUACAAAAUUUCCCUACCGAAGCAGCGAUGUAGUAGGUUUAUCCUCAUCCUCGACUGGUCCGGGACAACGUCGCACGACAGGAACCAGUGGUGGCGAAGCUUCCUCGUCGUCACCUGACACAGGUAUGCCAGCUGGCUUUGGGCUUAGUAUGAAUCAGGGGAAAGUCGUUGCUAGCUCCAAAAGCAAGAACGAGAUCCCGAUGUUUUGUACGAAGGGGGCCAAGCCGAAAAGUAAGAAGAUCAAACCUGCACUACAAAUUCCCUCUGUACUAGCCUCCGGGGCUGAAUCCAGUGCGUUGCCCUCGACCGGUGGUGGUAGUAGUAGAGGAGAGGGAGGAGGCUCAAGUUCAAGUACAGCACAGCUUGCCAGCGGGGUUAUGCCAGCUGCUUAUACCUCUGGUUUUGUUAUGGCUCAAAAUGCUAGAGGUAGUUUGAGAUUCUCUGGCCGUUUUUGUUUGUGAUAACGUAUAUUUUUUCCCUACAGUAAGUAUUUAUUACUAAGACCCUGCUAUUAUACAAACACCGAACUCUAAUCUCCACGGUUUUCUCUCUCCGACGCCACAAGCAGGCGCGCACCAGUUUUUCAUCUCGGCAAAGGCUGCUGCUAGAGAAAUAACGUCGUUGAAUGAUCACAGGAAAAGGCUACUUGCCAGCUGGACAAAGCGGUUUUUGCCGGACAUAAACUCGACAGGGCCAACAUCUUCGCAGGAAGUUAAGAGAAGGAUUGUCGAUCGUUGGUCAUUGUGCCAUUGCGCGAACAGAUAGGAAAAAUUUUUAGGACUCUAAUAUUUCUGUACACUUAAUAACGGCAAGACUUGAUGAUAAUGGUCAACAACAUCUUCAUCUAAGGUAAAUUCGAUGCGUCAGACUUUGGAGGAGCAAGUGGAGCAUUUACAGACACUGAUGUGGCUUCUGAAUAAAGCGAAAACAGGUACUAGGAAGAAGCAACAGUCUCUUGCCGCGAUCGGUGGAUCCAACUGCAGAAUGAAUCCUGGCCUCACGGCGUCUGCCAGACAGAAAAUGAAAGAUGCAAAGAAAAUGCAAGUCAUUUCUGAAGGAGGUAGUAGUUGUACUAGCGCUCCUACAACUAGUGCCGAUGCUUCCGCCAGCACACCAGCUGCAACAGCACUACCACCUAUCUCCGAAAGUACAACUACAAGUGGAGCAGUUUCAGUUUCUAGCGACAUCAGCACACAUCAAGUGGUCCCGCGAGCUGGUAUUCCUGCAAUGGGGCCAGUGACAUUACCAGGAGCGUUGGGUUCAUCUUGUAGUGGAGGUACUGAGCUGAAGCUGAAACACGAUACUACAGUGCGCUUGGCGUAUCCAGCUUUAUUGGACCAGCAAAAUGCUAAAUUUUUGGAUCACUCUGGAACUGGAUCACGACGAAAAUCGUCCAAGGAGAGGGAAGCCUUUACUACUGGAGGGGAUGAUGUCGUGAUGACUCCUGUUCCUGGUACUACCAAAGCGGCUUCAGGAGUGUGCGAUGACGAGGGUGCUUUUGGUUAUACUGUCGAUGAAGAUGGAACAGAAGGUACGACUAUUAAACCUCCAGAAGCCGAAGAAGGGAACUGCACUGAUCCUCCAGCAGUGGCGCCUGCAGUUCUACCUGUUGCAGAAGGUGACACUGCUGCUGCGCGAGAACUCAAAAAGGAAGCAGACAAGGAGAAGGCCAGACUGGAAUCCACCGCAAAGGAGAAAACGCCGACAACUACUGCCGCAUCCUCAACUUCGAAACAUGUAGCUGCAACCUCACGUCAACUUUCACACCUUCUUUCUCACUACCAAUUGUGGUACAAAUUCCUCGAAAAGCGCCAGAGAGAGCUGGAGCACGUUCUCCACGCUGAAGACGAUGAAGAUUUAGAGGCUGUUGAGGUUGUUGAUUUAAGGCUGCCCCUAAUCCAUCUCGAUAGACAUCCCUCAAGCAUAUGCAAAUGCACCCCAAUAGAUACAAGGGAGAUAGAGAUACUGACGCACAUGGGGGGGGAUUUCCACAGGGAUGCUGAAUAGGGGAGAGGUCUAAUUGAUGCUCUUGGUAGUAGUAGUAAGCAACUAAAAGGGCCAAAGGAACACGUCAUCGCAUCAGUUGAAAAAGCUGACUCUACUCGUCGAUUUGUGGAGUUGUUGCACACUGUGCAAGGUGAUAGCCACAUGACUGACCUUGUUUCGCCUGACGUCCAGGAUCAAACGCCUAUCACUACAAAGUUGUUCUAUCAAUAUGGGCUUGAACGCGUCAUCCCCAUCAAAGAUCCAGCUACAGUUGAGAAUAUCAUCGAGGAAGCCGCGGGCACCUCAACGAGAACUAUCGGCAGCCGCUUUCUCUUAAGGCUUGAAGGUACAACAACUACUCAUUUCCAACGGUCGGCAUUUUUCUUCUGUUUCCCUCUUUCAUCAUUUCACAUCAGAAGAAAUGUUAAUGUUCUUGAAGGGAAGAAAAGAAGUUAUGGCAGUCUGCACUGAACUUUGUGCGCUUGCAAAAUACGCAAGUAGGUUUUGAUUUAUCGGAACUCGCUCACGAUACAAAAAAAAAAGCGAGAUUAAUUGUAUUGCAUUGUAUUACUUUGAGCUCUAAUUCGCAGUCGAGCGAGUCAGGACGACGCCCACGCCGCACGUUUUGCACACUUAGAGGCAGAUGCGCGUGUGAAAUUGGGAGAAUUCUUUGUGCCAAAGGAUGCAUGGGACUUUGUAUCGAAUAGACGAUUUGAGUUGCUGGCUGCGAGGAUGCUUCUCUCGGGAAGGAAAUAUGUGCAGCCACCGAAGCCACGCCAUUCGAAAAGUAUUGAUGAUAGCGUUUUGUGAAGUUGUAUUUAGCCUUGUUGUUUGAAGUAUUUUUAUGUAGCCUUGUUUGACUGAGAAUUUCAAGAUGAUUCUGCUCGUCCUCUUAGGAUUACCACUUCUUAUGAACAACAUAGUUGUCGUGAUAGAACAAGAACCUCCGGCGGAAAAAACUUGGAGGUCCUCCACAUCUUCAUGGAAUGUCCCUAGAAAACGAACAUCUUCAGGUCCCGACACUUCAGCUCCCCAGUCCGGUCAAGGAUUGUCGCAAACAGCGCAGAUGCGACUUCAUGAGCUGCGCUCAAAGGACGGCUUGGGCCCCACACCGGGUCGAAGCAGUGGAGACAACUAUAUUCCACUAGCAGCGCCGUUUACCUUUGCUGAGCCACGUCCUCAUAUUAUUCCGCAAGUCGGCUUGUUUAGAACUAUGCUCAAUAGCACGAAGCAUCCACCCAUUGAAGUGAUACCUGAAGUUGAAAUCAUUGACCCACCUGCACCGAAACCAAGUCCAAGAACAGGAGAUGGUGAUGGAACAGCAGGAGGAAAAGCAGUUGUCGAAGAGGUAACGUUUCCUACAGUUGUUGAAGAAAUUCGUGGAACACAACCUCCAACUCCACUUCUACUUCUAGGAAAUACAUCCCUGCCUGUACCUUGCCCUGAGGUGCUGGGAUUCGAGGAUGAACUAGGAGGCUUGUCAACGGCCAAUACACCCGGUGGAAGUUGUUCGCCAGUGCUGUCUGAAGUCAACCCAGAUGACGCAGAUGAUGAGGCAUCUGAAGCAAGUAGUAUCAGUUCCCUAGGGGCACUAGGGAGUGCUAGUAGGGGUACUAGAGGGAGUGCUGACAGUGUACCAGUCAGAGUUUUCAACGCGAAUCGAAAGUCCAAAGUUCUUUCCUACCUUACACGAGCAGCCAACGAAUUGAGCAAGCAGGUGGAGAACGCAGAAUCCUCUAAGACUGAAGACGUCGACAUGCAUGAUGAUGAAGGACUAGCUUCCAGUGAAGGCGAGGACGAUCAUGCAGCCCUCGAAAAGUCUGAGGGAGACAAAGAAGAUGCUACAGUAAAUGAAGAGAUUCUGGUGCAAAUGCUAGAAGCGGAUGACGCAAAGAAGGCUGCACCAGCUGUGCAAGAAGCAGCAUCUGCUGAAGGAACAGGUGACGACGCUGGGAAGGCUAAUGAAACAGACAGCAAGAUGAAGCUGAAGCAGAAGGAGGACACGACACCUGCUGAUGCUGUAUUAUCGGAACUACCACUACAAGAGCAGCCGACACAAGGAGCUCAAGAUGACCGUCCGGAACAGAAGCUUGUUCUUCCUGUCACAACAACAACGAUCGAGGACGAUGAAGAUCUAUACGGGUCACCUAAGAACGAAGAUGAGGAUCUGUACAGUGCCAUGGUCAAAAAUUUCAAUGAGCUUGUUCCUGAUGAUGAUCAUCUCGAACAGCAGGAGCUCAAAUUCACUGUCUAUAGGCGACGAUUUGGCUACGAAAAACUUCCGCGGGUACGCGGUAUCUUGCAACGUCUGAAAUUUAGACUGCGUAAUCUGGACAUUCGCAGACGGGCAAUUGAAAUCGCGAUGACGAGGAUUUUGGAGAAUGAAAGUGUGAUGUCAGGAGCAUGGCUGGAUCAUCUGACGGCUUCAUCUUCAUCGUUACCUACACCGAAGGAGAUGAUGAAGGUUUUGCUGCCACCAGCUGCCGAGAUGCUGUUUCAGCGAACAACGCCACUUAUUGUGCCAGCAGAUGAAAGAGUAGAAGUCGACUGGGAUUUUGUUUUUUCUCAGUUUUAUUCUAUUGAUAGUACACGAGAUCGUCGGGGACGGGGAGGUAGUCUAGAUGGAGGAGAACCUGCACCUGCAGCUAGUGCUGAUGUAGUUUCUUCCACCGCUGGCAAAAUGAAGAAGAAGAUGGACGACAAGAUACAGCAACUAAUCACAAGUCCUUCUCCAUCUACUAAUUACUCCCCUACAACUCAUGGCCAUGCACUUGCACCUGAUCUCGAUCCAGUAGGUGUAGGGUCGACGAAUCCAAACGAUCAUUCCGCUUCUUAUUUUGCAGCGAAAGACCCUGUUUCUUGGGCUGCGAUGCAAGUGGACAGGAUUGCAGGUUGGCUGAUGAAAGUGCUGAGAAUGAAUAAGAUCUGGGAUCGGCAAAAAUCGAAAAUGGACAUCGUUCGCGUCGCCGAUGCAGUCGUUCUCAAAUCAGCUAGGUCUGUCUACGAAGAAGCUGAGAAAUUAGCUGCCGCAGAACGGCGAAGGACAGAAACUACUACGUUGUCGCCAGCAGAUGUCGAACUCAGAGCGUGCUCACAUGAGUCCUCUAGUGGAGGAGGCUCUUCUAGUACUUUAACUUUAUUUGGACGAGCUCCUCCUGGUGCGAACAACUUGACUACAUCAGCCAAAUCUAUCGCUAAACAGGCGAAAAAGUUCUUCAAAAAGAGAUUUGAUGAGGUUUCAGCAUUCUCCAAUGCCUGUGCGAAAAUCGCUCCAGGGAUGUUCUCUGCUAGUGCUGAUGAUCACACUGGACCUAGUCCAACGACUGGAGGCUUUACACGGCGUGGUGAAGAUCAAGCAUCAGACGCAAGCGCAAUGCAAGCCUUGUUUCAACACAGCAAACGUCCUUCUAGUAGUGCUCGCGGGAGCAGAUCCAACUCAAAGAAGUCAUCACACGGACAAGUGAUGAAGGACCACUCAGUGUUCUUUGACCCGCUUUCUCAUGUAUUAAACGUCACAGAGGAAGCGUGUGGGCGAGCAGGCGCUAGUAGUGGAAGCGCUACCGGCUCGUCAAACAUUGUUCCAGCAGACAACAUAACAAGCGUCAGCAGCUCUGGUAGUACAAAUACGGCUAGCAGUAGUAGCGCUGGAGGAAGUGGCUCAUCUCGUCGUACUCCUUCUCCUUCUCCCUUCCUCGUACCGACGAUGGAGGUCGUAGGGCCCCCGGCGUCAUCAUCUUCGAGAGGCGCCAAUGCGAAGAGGAAUCAGCAGUUGGUUUUAGAUUUUCUCAUGAAUUCUUGUCGUGAACCGCCACCCGGAAGAGGUGUAAGAAGCUACGUUGCUUAUUUCGCUCUACCAACGCAAAGAGAAACAAAUCAGAGGGGUUCUUGGCGGGAGAUUGACCUUACCAAAGCGAUUCAAAACCACAUUGACGAUUUUGCAGAACAAAUCCGAUCUACCACGACUAAAAGGUCCUCUUUUAGUGACUCCGCGUCGCUGUACGUCCAACCGCUGAUCGAGCCUUCCUUUUCUUCUCGAGAAGAGUUUUUCCACCUGUUUGGGGGACUUCCUGAAAAGAGAAGGAGACAAUCCAGUUAUCCCCAAUCAGUUCGGCUCUCAAGAGACGACAAUCAACAGGUUGUCCCGGUAGUGGAAGAUAUCUCGGUGCGCGAAUCUGCCGAUUGGCAUAGUAUGUGGGCUCCUCCACGACAGGAGAAUAAAACGCAACAUGAUGAUGAACAAGAAGAUACAACAAGAACUUCUAGUAAAGCUCCUCCUGCAUCUUCUAAGAAGAUGAAGAACAUGAGUUCUUUCCUUGGUGAAGAUCCUGAGGCUUUCUAUGAAAAGCGACCUCCUUUGCCUACUUCAGCAGUAGAAGAUCCACAAGAUGAUAUUUUUCGGUCUUUCCAACUCGAACAACUACAACAUCUUCACCUUCCGCAAUAUAAUGAAGAACAAUUUCGUAAAUAUAUGCAUGAGGAACAAGUGCUGGCUGAUGUGGAUGCAUGGACGCCACCUCCACAUAAGCAUGGACUGCAUUAUCGCAUCGGUCGACUUCUGUCCCUUCUGUCCGCGCAAGAUAUUUUCCCGAACCUCGAUGUAGCGGAACAAGCAGACCCCGUACGUCAGCAGCUCAUGAGAGCGACCCGCGAGUACCUUAUGCCUCGAUAGUCAUUUUACAGAAUAAUGUUGCUUGAGUUUUCUAGUUUUGUUGGAAUUGUGGUUCAAAUAUAAAGGGCGGAUCAUGAUCACCACGACCCUACUGGUACUAGAAAUGUGUCCCCUUAUUUUCCUUUUUGUAGUUUUCCUUCUAACAUCCUCCGACCAGAGGAGUUGUUCGCAAUAGUCCAGUGGAGCUCGGAUUUCGUGGUGCUAAUACCCAGACACUGCUUGAAACGAGGCGUCGCAGAACGGGACGGAACGGCUCAGCGCGAGUAUCGUGCUGAUUUCGAGCUUAGUCACAAAGAAAUUGAGUUGCGUGCUGCUGCCAUUUACCAGCAUAGGCGUCCUUUUUACCAGAAUAGGCGAAGAACGUUUUGAUAAGUGGUUUGGUUGAAGAUAUAUUCAGAUUGAUGUUGACACUUGUGAUUGUGCUUCCUCUCAUGUUUCUCUGCAUGUAGAAGUACUUACUAGCAACAACUUGCAGCUUGACUGACUCGGGAAAUCAAGUGUGAAUAAAGACAAAAACACUAUUUUUUUGUACUUUUUGUUACGGAGUUGCAGCAGAUUCAGAUAUCAAAGAUGAAAAGCGCGAAGAAUAGCUAGUCGUGGUAUGUGCAAGAACAAAAAUAUGAAUACAACGACGAAAGAGGAAAGUAGAACAAUAACUAAUACUAGAAGCGAGUAGGCACGACGUGAGCGAGGACGAGGUUUGAGUUUCUAUUUGAUUUCUUCAUAGAGAAUAUAGCUUCGUAUUCGACGUUGCUCAUGAAGACAUUACUACAGAAAAACUUCGCUUUCCGUUUUCAGCAGCGGGCAAAGCGAAACGUAGGCGAAGUGGAUGUAAAAUCUUCAUAACAACUUUUUGAUUCUUUUAAGAUUAAGAUGAAAAUCAAUGCCCAAGUCCAUGUCCAACAUGAUGAAUUUCAUCAUAUUUUGAUGUUCCUUCAUUGCCCUCUAAUAACAUGAAGACUUUCGCUUUGCAGAUUCUAUGUUUGUUCUCACGGUCAUGAGGUGGAAUUUUCUUGCAUAAAGGUCAGACCUCAUUUAUUUGCUACAUAGAAGUGGAAAAAGGAUGCGAAGAAUGAAGAAAACACGUAUGCCCAACUGCAUACUGUGGUGGAUGUGGAAGACCUAGUACUAUGCGAAUAAUAGUGGGGGCGAGAUUAAUAUGCAUUGAAAGAAGGCGCAACAGUGCGGCAGUCGCAGCUGCGGGGAGGUGGUGCCCUGUGGAGACAACCUGAUUGAUUGGCUGAGUGAUUGCUUGCGUCUUUCAAUGACUCCGUUCCGGGAGACGCGACGGGUGGAGGAUAUCGGGCUUCUCCGGCCGCGGAGAAAUGCGGCGAAAGCCGGCGCAGCAUGCUUCGCGGUCCUUGGCGUGGGCCAGCGUGGUAGACUGCGAACAAGGGGGGACAGUCUGGCCAUGUGCCCGCGUGGCGUUGUCCAGUGAUCGGCUUGGAGUGAGGUCCUCUGCCUCAACUGAGUCCUUUGGGUCCGUCCUUCAUUAGCCCGACACAGCGUAAGCAAAGCGGGCAGGGUUCAUCAUAGACGGCCGCAGCUAGUUUGCGCCUGAGGUUCCUCGUAAUAGACAACGCAAGGCGACUAGCCUCUGGCCUUCUGCUUUGGGUGAUCUUUUGUGGGCUAGGUCAGCGGGGGCACGAGCGUGCUUGCACACUCCAGAGUUGGCCCUGGGUCUGUUUUAGUUCCUCCGUUAUCCAGCGCCGCCGCUCGUUAGACGGCCGCAUAAAGUUGUCUGAUUGCAAGAAGGUAAGAGUCGUCAUACUCCUAUGAUCAGAAACAUGCUGUUGUAUUAAUGCGCGUAGAUGAAAAGAACAAAGUUGAGUAGAGUCUGCGAGCGGAUCAUGUGCAGGAGAGAAUGAAGAUGUUAGGAGUCGAACAUAUUGCAACAAAAUAGAAGGACUUGUGGAAGACAUGUUGGGGAAGUGAAGUGGAGACAUGUUGGGGAGAGGGGUAUGGUUGACUACAGCCCUCCUACAUGUCUGCCAGGAUCUUUGUGGACUUUUCGGAGAGCAAGCAUCUACGCGAGAUAACGAACUUUGAAGAAAGAUCAUGGCUCUAUAUCUUUUCCUAAAUCUUCUAAAAACAUUAUCAGGCGAAGAGCCGUUUUUUCAAGCACUGUCAUUCGCUUCCCACAGCUUGCGCAUCAAUCACGUAUGAAGAUGAAUACAAAAGCGGCCCGCUCCCACUAGGACAUGAAAAGCCUACACCUAGCUGGGCCGUGGGUGGAUGGUGCCUGCGUGGUCGUAUCGGGACUGUGGCUCUCUUUUUGGACAGGAGGGAUGAUGACAGUGUUCAGAGUCGG